CGGUGUGGUGUGUUCAAGUCGAUUUAUCUGGCCGAUUUCUCCAUGACGCAAACCCAACCGGUCGUUCGCUGCCCAUUCGUGCUGCUCCUUCCCAGCGGGGAAGAGCCAUGGGUGUUCGAAUCGGAAAGAGGAAGAGGCGGCCGCGGCUCCUAUGUGUUGUGGCAAUCAGGAGAAGCAUCGCUACCGAAUGAGAAAGAAAUACCUAAAAAGUAUAUGAUAAAAUAUCUCUGAGAAUCAUACUUACGACCCUCCAAAACGAACAGAGGAGGAGGAGGAUGAGAAGGAAUGCUUUCCUUUUCAACCCUCAAGCCCCUCCUUCCACUCCCCCACUACCUCCUCCACUCCCUUCGAAUCACCACCCUCUCCUCGCCCGUCAUUUCUCGUCACCACCAGCACCAACAACAGCUCCCGGACGAUUUUCCCAACCCCUACGACCUGACGAAGGAGGACCCCAUCCAGGUGUGCUCCGACCUCUGGGUCCGCUGCUUCUCUCGCCCAGACCCCCACCUCCCCUUCCCCAACCUCACCGGCUUCCUCAAGAAGUUCGACCUCUGGGUCCUCGCCUACCAGCGCGCCUGCGCCCACCACACCGGCUCCUUCCCCCCGAAGAACGCCAUUCACCUCCCCCACCUCCGCUCCCUCCUCGCCCUACAGCGUGCCGCCCUAUCACCGAACUACCCCUGGGGCGCCUCCACCCACCUCCUCCUCCGCUCCCCUGCCGAUCCCCCUUUCACCCGGCCCAUCUCCCGCCGGAAGUUCCUCGCCCUCCUCGCCUCCGCUCCACCCCCCUUCCAGGACCGCGUCCUCCAGGAGCUCCUCCUACUCCUUCUCGAGCCCGUCUUCGAGCCCCGCUUCUCCCCCAGGUCUCACGCCUUCCGCCCCGGCCGCAGCCCCCACACCGUCCUCCGCACCAUCCGCUCCAAUUUCGCCGGCUACCUCUGGUUCCUCAAGGCCGAUCUCUCCGCCGUUUCCGAUAACUUCAGCCCCGACGUCAUCAUCUCCUGCUUGGAGAAAGGCGUCUCCGACCGGAAAGUUCUGGGCUUGAUCAAAUCCGCCUUGAAGAACCCUGUCAGGGUCAGGUCGUCGUCGCCCGCCGACGAAGUGGUCGACAGAUUGACCAAGAAGAGGAUGAAGCGGAAGAUGCUGCGGAAGAGCAGGAAGAAAAAGGUUUUGAAGGAGAACGAGCCCAAGCCCGAUCCCUACUGGCUGAGGACUUUCUUUGGCUUCGCCCCCCACGAAGCUGCCAGGGUCCCCAACUAUGGGCAUUGCGGGAUCCUCAGCCCUUUGCUUGCCAAUGUAUGCCUUACCGAAUUGGACACUUGGAUGGAAGAUCGGAUAGCAAGGUACUUUCGGCCAUCAAAGCUCGACUCCAUUUGGACAGAUUCGAUCACCAACGACUGCCACAACCCUGCCUGGCCUGAAUUCGUUCCUGCCAGCGGUAGGGAGAAGACGAGGAGGAUGGAUUUCAUUCGCUAUGGCUCCCACAUUUUGAUUGGAAUUCGUGGACCGAGAGAGGAUGCGGUGGAAUUACGAAAGGAUUUGAUCGAGUUUUGUGAGAACAAGUAUGGGUUGAGGUUAGAGAAUUCAAAUAUAGAGAUCGAGCACAUUACAAGAGGCAUCGAGUUCUUGGAUCAUGUGAUCUGCCGGCGGGUCAUACACCCUACAUUGCGUUACACAGCAACAGGAGGGAAGAUCGUAAGCGAGAAAGGUGUUGGGACUUUGCUCUCUGUGACUGCAAGCUUGCAGCAUUGCAUCAGCCGGUUCAGGCAGCUUGAGCUUGUCAAGGGGGAUAAGGACCCAGAGCCGCUGCCUUGCACACCAAUGCUUUAUGCCGGCCAGGCCCAUACCAAUUCUCAGAUGAACAAGUUCCUUGAGACCAUGGCGGAUUGGUAUAGAUAUGCAGAUAACAGGAAGAAAGUAGUCGGCUUUUGUGCGUAUGUCAUUAGGAGCUCUCUGGCUAAGCUCUAUGCUGCAAGGUAUAGACUGAAGUCUCGUGCCAAGGUGUACAAGAUUGCCUCCCGUGACCUCAGCCACCCAUUGAGAGAGAAUACAAGGAAUGAUGCGCCAGAGUAUUCUGAUCUUUUGCGUAUGGGGCUUGUUGAUGCCAUUGAGGGUGUUCAGUUUUCUCACAUGUCAUUGAUUCCAUCAUGUGAUUAUACCCCAUUCCCUAGGAACUGGGUACCUGACCAUGAGCAAAUAUUGCAUGAAUAUGUUAGGCUGCAAGAUCCGAAAUUCUUUUGUGAACUGCAUAAGUCAGUGAAUCGGCAUGAAUUGAGAUCGCCUCAAGAUGCAAUAUCAGAGAUUGUUUGGGACUAUAAGAUAUGUGGAGUUUGGAGCAAGAAGCCCCUAGGAAGUAUCAAAGAGCAGGAACAUGAUGAAGAGAAUACUAAUGGUGAUAGAAACUUCCUGUUGAAGGAGGAGUCUAUUGCACUUUAAUACGGAGUUACUAGCACAUCUUAGCGCACGAGGCUCCUGCCAUGGUGGGGUCUAGGAAGGGUCAGACGUACGCAGCCUUACCCUACAUUUGGAGAGGGAUUUCUAUGUUCGAAUAUAUGACACCUAGAUCACAAUGGUACAAUCUUACCAUUACUAUGAGAUGCAAUUUGUAAAUUUUCUGCAGUGAUUUACAUUUCAUCGAUGAAAGAAGGCUGAGGAGAAUUAUAUUUUCCAAGUGCAAGUACUGGCCAACUGAACCACCAUUGCUUAAGCAAGCCAUACAGCACCUUGGAGCAUGUAAAGGUAUAUGACCUUUAUAUUAAAUCAGGAAAUUAAUGAGAUAUGCUGUGAUAUUAAAUUAUAUGUUGCAUGCUCUGUUCGUUCUCUGCAUGCACUUUGGCAGUCCACUUUGGGCAAAUUCUUCUGGAAAAACAUAUUGCUUCAGGUUUGUAAGAAUGUUGUAUGCUUUGUUGGGUGCCAUCUGCUUUUGAUCAGUCCAUAGCACACUGGAAGUGAGGUUUCAGCAAUAUGUUGUCAUUUCUUAGUUACUUUAUCAUAGAGUAAGUGCUAUAUUUGGUUCCUUAUGUUGAUGUGGAUUAAUAUGAUAGUCAGAGAUGUACAGAUGAUAUUUAAUGCAUAAAUGCUGAAAAUUAUUCAUUUCUUCU